GUUGUUGUAAGUAUUGGUAUUGGUAUUGCGGUUGUGGUUGUUUGUUAUUUAUUGUUAUAUAUACUAUAUUAUAUAUUUUUACAUACAAACAAACAAACACACCAAAAAAAAAUUUAAUUUUUUAUUAUUAUUUUGUAAUAUUGAUAUUAUUAACAACAAUAGAAUAAAAUAAAAUAAAAAAAAGGUGCUUAGUUGUAAUGGCAUCUAAUUCAUUGGUAACUGCCAUUGGAAAUGUUCCUUCCCUGACAAAGACUCUUGUCAGUCUAUUGCUCAUCAUCUCCAGUACAGCCACCUAUUACAUCCACAUCAAUAAGGAUCCCACUCAGGAACUAGCAAACCAAACUGAUGUCUGUCCAAUCCUAGGUCUUGUACCUGGACUAGCAUUGUAUCGACCAUGGACAUUCCUCACUGCUGCAUUCUAUGAAAGCAACAUCUUUUCUUUGAGUGCUAGUGUGGUUGUCUUGUUGUUGUGUGGAAAAUAUCUUGAGAGAGCCUGGGGUAGCAGAGAGCUUUUGAAAUACAUUGUUAUUACCGCAAUCCUAUCCAAUGUCGUGACCUGGUUUGGACUGGUCGUGACAUUUUAUAUCUCGGCUGAUGACAAGCUUUUGUACACGACCCAAAUAUGUGGCAUGAGUGGCGUGUUUUCUGCAUUUUUGGUUGCAUUUAAACAUCUUAUACCUGAACACAGAAUAUCCAUAGCUGGUCUUGUUUCUAUCCGCGUAAAGAAUUUGCUGGGUGUUGCUACGGUGGCAAGUAUUGUUUGUCUUGUUGCAUUCCAGGCCAUUGUAUUCUAUAAUUUGGUUAAUAUUGGAUGGGUUAUUGGCUGGAUUUAUAUCCGAUUCUUUAAAUACCAAGAUGGAAUCCGUGGUGAUCACAGUGAGACCUUUGCUCUAGUCACAUUUUUCCCAGAAUUUAUCCAUCCUAUUAUUCGUAUAGUGGGAAUCCCAGUCUAUGGUCUAUUUGUUCGGCUGGGUGUGUGCCCUGUUCACACAACACAGUCCUAUGAUCUAGAAGGGCAGUCUGGUACACGACCUGCUGCCAACGGAACUGCCGAGGCUGAGCGACGCAGAGCUCUUGCUUUAAAAGCUUUGGAUAUCCGCCUUUCUUCAAAGACACCCGCCACGCAGGAUGUACUGUUUGAUGCAAAGGACACUGUAGCUCUUCCAACAACCACUACAUCUACAUUAACACCAGGACUAUCAACCGAAGAAUUCACACCAGAAACAAAGAGAGAUUAAAAUAAUACAUCUUUUUUAUAUUUUUUUGUUUUUUGCUUCCGUUGUGUUCCAAGUUUGUGACCCAAGUAUAAAAACUGAAGAUCAUGUUCUCGAUUGUAUAUUGACAAAAAAAAAAUGAUUCUUUUAUUUUGUUCCACCCACAAACUGGAUUAUCAAUCGUGACACAAUCAUUCAAUAUAAUAUAAUAUAAUAUAAUAUAAUAUAAAUAAAUUUUAAAAUAAAAAAAGACUCUAUUUAUUUAUUUACUU